AUGGGGGGUGAGUCGCGUGCGAAAGGGUUUAAUCGCCAGUUACGGUCCUGCAAAGUCUGUCGGCUCCGCAAAGUCAAGUGUGACCGCGUCAGACCUUGCCACGCAUGCUGUGCGCAUGGCUACCCUUCCAAGUGUGUAUAUGAUCUACCGGAUGGAGAAGCACGACCUAUCAGCCAAGCAGAUGAGAUUCGGAAUCUGAGAUCGGAGAUCCGCGAAUUACGCGCUAGAAUUGAGAAGAAAGAUGGGUCCCAAGGUCAAGAUUUUCAACGGUUGGACCGGCUUGAGUUCUUAUUUGACUCCAUUCGAUCCGCCCCACAGAGCAUAGCUGACGAUAUCGUGCGUGAUAUUCGAACGACACAUGAAUCGAACAAGCAACUGGUGAAAGUGGGACCGUGGGAAGGUCAUGAAGCGUAUGAAGGCUAUGAUUCUUCACGAAAUUCCCCCGUUUCCAUCAUCCCGAUCCGUAAGCGUAUUGAAGUUGGCAGUUCGGCCAAUAGCGAGCUCAACGAUAGCGAUAGCGAUAUUGGAGAGUACAUAUUUAGUUCAUCCGACUCAUCGUCAUUGGCUAGCACUUUAUCCAUUAUCAGUCCACAGGCACCAGUUACCGAUGCAUUUAUACAGCGGUUUGUAGAUGCAUUUAGCCCGGAGGUGGACAUAAAGUCAGGUCGAGCAGGUGCAUUGAGAGCUGCGGCGGGCAUUCGCAUGUUCUCGCCACUGAUAUCAGAUGCGUUUGAGGCUGUAUCGGUGGCUUUCUUUGGUCGAUCUAUUCAGGACAAGGAGAUUGAAUCGUCCGGGUUUCGGUUAUAUCCACGUGUUCUCCGUGGCUUGCAGGACGCUUUGAAUGAUCCAGAGCGAUGCAAGUCGGAAUCGACCCUGGUGACGGUUAUUCUUUUGCUUGCCUUUGAGAGUGUAGAGCGUACCACUCAACGUGGUGUUCCGUCUCAUCUUGCUGGCGCAGUGCGCCUGAUGGAACAUCGAGGACCAGAGAACCACAUGUAUGGAGUUGAGCAUCUCUUGUUCACGGAGCUAAGACCGUACUGGAUUGGCGGCGCAAUCGCACUCCGAAAACCUACUUACCUAGCUCGUGAAGAGUGGAAGACGAUUCCAUGGUCAGCUGAUACGACCAGGAAGGACAUCCUGCACCAUAUGCUCGAUCUAGCCGCCGAUAUUCCCGGUCUGCUGGCCCGGUCUGACGAGUUUAAAGAGGCUAGAAAUUUUCCUAUAACGGGCACACAGGAGAUGGUUGUCAAGCAGGCCUCGCUAUGGAACGAUAUUUCCAAACUCACUACCGCCUUCGAGAAAUGGCACCUAGACUGGGUGGAGUGUUACCCAGACGGACCCAUUCGAGAAGUCGAGCAAACAGAGGAUCAAGGUUUUCCCAUCUUCAAACGGCGCGAUCUUCGUACCGGUGCUAUUUACACAUCGACCAAGUUAUCAUACCCCAACCUCCUUCUUGCCCAGACCAUCUGUGUAUAUUACGCCAUGCGUCUGAUUUUGUCAUCCAUUGAUACUCGUCCAGAGGAUCGAGUCACCCCGAUGGAGCAGUAUGAAUUUGGAUGUGGCAUCUGUCGGACCUAUGAAUGGUAUAUCCUUACUGCACCAGGCAACAUGAUCAAUCGUCUCGCGUUCCCUACCCGAGUCGCAUGGGAGGCAUUCUCAGACCAUAGCCCUGAACGUGCCUUUUUAGUCGAGGUGUUGCAGCUAGUUGAGAGACGCCAUUCUCUUGGACUCUGGGGUGGGAAUAUGGCUGAGAUAUCCACCCACAAAUAUUCACCUCUUAAUGUAAGCUGA